AUGAAGAUCGCUAGUACCGUCGCUUUGCUGGCCGCGUCGGCGUCGGCCAUCCACGUCCGGAGCGCCUCGAACGCCCACGUGAGCGUCUGGGGCCAGUGCGGCGGCAAAAACCACAGCAGCGACACAACGUGCGCCACCGGCAGCUACUGCAAGGUCAUCAACGAGUGGUACUCGCAGUGCCAGCCCGGCGGCAACGGCCAAGUCGGCGUCUGGGCCCAAUGCGGCGGGAAGGACUACAAGGGCGACACGACGUGCACGGCCGGCAACACGUGCAAGGCCUGGAACACCGACUACUCGCAGUGCGUGCCCAGCGACAAUGACGGCAAGAAGGACAACACCAGUGGUGCGCUGCCCGCAGGCUGGCUCGAGCUUCCGGGUCUCAAGUGGACGCUUCUGGACAACGACCUGGCGACGACGGACGACAAGAGCUUCGCCGACUGCGUCCAGUCGGGCACCAAGCCUGCGACCGACGGCAUGACGCGCUUCUUCGCGGUCUGGGACUCGACCAAGAAGGUCUGCCACGUCGCGUCGACGAACUUGCCGCCGCACUGCCCAAACUCGGCGACCUCGGUGGACUCGUCGCGGGGCUGGCACUGCGACACGAUCUCGUUGAGGCGGAUGCAGUGGUGCCCUGGCACACACGUCGAGUCGCCGACAAAGUCGACGCCGCCGCACUGGCCCCAUGCGUCGACGAGCUGCAUGACGGCGUGGGCGCAAGUGGGCGAGUGA